AUGGCUAGUUCUGCAACUCUCUUCCUCCUCUUUCUCACUAUCUCAGCCUUCUCAUCAUCCUCCAUUGAUGGCGCGCAGCUAAUACUAGUGAAUAACUGUCAAGUGAGUAUAUGGCCUGGAAUUCUCGGCGGCGGAGGCCAAAUCACGCCGAGAAACGGCGGUUUCCACAUGGGAAGCGGCGAAGAAACGAUCAUAGACGUACCGGAUAAAUGGUCCGGUAGGAUUUGGGGUCGACAAGGCUGCAUCUUCGACCAAAACGGCAAAGGCUCAUGCCAAACCGGAGAUUGCAACGCCGGUUCAAUCAACUGCCAAGGAACCGGAGGUGUACCGCCAGCAACCGUCGUUGAAAUGACUCUAGGCUCGUCUUUCUCGCCGCUUCAUUUCUACGACGUGAGCCUCGUCGACGGAUUCAACCUCCCGGUUUCGAUGAGACCCAUCGGCGGCGGAGCCGGAUGCGGCGUGGCGGCUUGUGAAGUCGAUUUGAAUGUUUGCUGUCCUUCUGCUCUGGAAGUCAAGAGAGAUGGUAAAGUCGUCGGAUGUAAAAGCGCUUGCUUGGCGAUGCAAUCGGCGAAGUACUGUUGCACCGGAGAGUACGCGAAUCCCAAGGCUUGUAAGCCGACGAUCUUCGCGAAUCUGUUUAAAGCGAUUUGUCCAAAAGCUUAUAGUUAUGCGUAUGAUGAUUCGAGUAGUUUGAACAAGUGUAGAGCUUCUCGUUAUGUUAUCACUUUCUGUCCUCCAAAGUGA